GGAACCCUGAGCACUCCUCAGGGCCCCCCCACAGGACCAAUGGGCACCCUGCGGGACCUGCAGUACGCCCUCCAGGAGAAGAUUGAGGAGCUGCGGCAGCGAGACGCCCUGAUUGACGAGCUGGAACUGGAGCUGGAUCAAAAGGACGAGCUGAUCCAGCGGCUGCAGAACGAGCUGGACAAGUACCGGUCCGUGAUCCGGCCUGCCACGGCCCAGCAGGUCCAGGCCCAGCAGCAGAGCCUCGUCCUUCAGCCGGACCAGCACCGCAGCAAGAGACAGGCCAUCUCCGCAGAGCCUACUGCCUGCGACAUCAGCGCCCUCAGCCAUGUCACCCUGCCCUUCUACCCCAAGAGCCCGGAGUCCAAGGAGCUGAUAAAGGACGCCAUCUUGGACAAUGACUUUAUGAAGAACCUGGAGCUGUCUCAGAUCCAGGAGAUUGUGGACUGCAUGUACCCGGUGGAUUAUGGGAAAGACUCCUGCAUCAUAAAAGAGGGCGACGUGGGGUCUCUGGUCUUUGUGAUGGAAGAGGGGAAGGUGGAGGUGACUAAAGAGGGGAUGAAGUUGUGUACGAUGGGACCGGGCAAAGUGUUCGGAGAGCUGGCCAUCCUCUACAACUGCACCAGGACGGCUACUGUCAGGACUCUGACCCACGUGAAGCUGUGGGCGAUCGACCGUCAGUGUUUCCAGACCAUCAUGAUGAGAACUGGACUCAUCAAACACGCAGAGUACAUGGACUUCCUCAAGAGCGUCCCCACCUUCCAGGGUCUUCCAGAGGAGACUCUCAGUAAACUGGCUGACGUCAUGGAGGAGACUCAUUAUGAAGAUGGAGAGUACAUCAUCAGACAGGGAGCCAGAGGAGACACCUUCUUCAUCAUCAGCAAAGGAAAGGUGAACGUGACCCAGGAGGACUCAGCCAAUCAGGAGCCGGUACACCUCAGAGAGCUCACCAGGGGAGACUGGUUUGGAGAGAGGGCACUACAGGGGGAGGACGUCAGAACAGCCAACGUCAUUGCUGCGGAGACCGUCACCUGCCUGGUUAUCGACAGAGACUCAUUCAAGCAUCUCAUUGGUGGAUUAGACGACGUCUCAAAUAAAGGCUACGAAGACGCUGAGGCCAAAGCCAAGUACGAGGCAGAGAACGCCUUCUUCUCCAGUCUGAAGCUGAAUGACUUCAACAUCAUUGACACGCUGGGUGUUGGCGGCUUCGGACGCGUCGAGCUGGUGCAGUUGAAGAGCGAGGAAGCGAAGACGUUCGCUAUGAAGAUCCUGAAGAAACGUCACAUCGUGGAUACGAGGCAGCAGGAACACAUCCGCUCUGAGAAACACAUCAUGACCGAGGCGCACUCUGACUUCAUCGUCAGGUUGUACCGGACGUUUAAAGACAGUAAAUACCUGUACAUGCUGAUGGAGGCGUGUCUGGGGGGCGAGCUGUGGACCAUACUGAGAGACAGGGGUUCGUUUGAAGAUUCGACCACUAGGUUCUACACGGCCUGCGUGGUCGAAGCCUUCGCCUACCUGCACGCCAAAGGCAUCAUAUACAGAGACCUGAAACCCGAAAACCUGAUACUGGACAGCCGAGGAUACGCCAAGCUGGUGGACUUUGGUUUUGCUAAGAAGAUUGGUUUCUGUAAGAAGACAUGGACGUUCUGCGGGACGCCGGAAUAUGUUGCACCAGAGAUCAUCCUCAACAAGGGUCACGAUGUGUCAGCAGACUACUGGUCUCUGGGCAUCCUGAUGUUUGAGCUGCUGACCGGCAGUCCUCCCUUUUCAGGUCCAGAUCCAAUGAAGACCUACAACAUAAUUCUAAGAGGCAUCGACAUGAUUGAGUUCCCCAAGAAGGUCACCAAGAACGCCGCCAACCUCAUCAAGAAGCUCUGCAGAGAUAAUCCUUCAGAGAGACUCGGGAACCUGAAAAACGGAGUCAAAGACAUCCAGAAGCACAAGUGGUUUGAAGGUUUUAACUGGGACGGUCUGAGGAAAGGAACUCUGACUCCGCCCAUCAUACCUGACGUGUCUUCCCCGACAGACACCAGUAACUUUGACAGUUUUCCUGAAGAUACAGAUGAACCUCCACCAGAUGACAACACUGGGUGGGACUAUGACUUUUAAGGUCCAACCCACCAGCUCACACCUAAACCCAAAGCCUGAGACUCUACGAAGCUGAAGAAGAAGAGUUCUCACCAGGCUGAAUGAAGACGAGCUAUAAGGCUGUUUUGUGGACAUUUCUACCUGGGACACCUUCAUGUUUUUAAGCAUGGCUGGAAUCAAAGAGACACCAUAACUUACCUGAAGCUGCCUGAGAACUAGAAGAUGAAGUGCUUCAAGAAUCAAACUAGCUGCCAGUUCAUGUCAAUAGUUCGUCCCUGUUCCUAAGACUAGGGACAGUUUUUCAGAACAGAGAAAAGGUCUUACAUAUUUCAAGGGUACGACUUGGGAAAGUCCUCCUAGCUCCUCCAGAGUUUAGAAAGCUGUCAGGCCUCUGGAAUCCUUCCACAAAAAAGUGGCAACAAUCCAGGAAAGAGGUGUUUCUUUGAACUCAGAAUGAGCCCUGAGUCCUUGUUUGGCUGUGGUCGAACUUCGGAUGUGUUCAUCCAUCAGCAGGAAGUGACACCGUGUGGAUUUUACUUUAUGUCCCAUAUAUUGCUGCAAGACAGUUGUCUAUUACAUUUCUAAGAGCAGGGAAUCAAUCCUGUGAAUCUUAGAGUAAAUCAUGUGAUGUCUGUCAUUUCUGCAAAAAGGCACAUGCAGGUUCUUAACUUUCACAAACUGAAAAAUCAUCCCAGUUCCUACAGAUUUCAGAGAUCUGCCCAAAACUCCACAGCAACAAGCCAACAGUGCAAAAAAAGAGCUUUCUGCAGUGUCUGGGAGAGUCUCGGAGGAAGAUGAACCCAGAACAACAAAGACUCCUCGCUGCAUCUGAACUUUGGGUAUCUUCACCCAUCAGCAGUCAGUCACACAUUAUAGGCCUUGCUUAAUGUCCCAUAUAAUGCUGCAACACUCAGAGGAAGCUCGGAUGUUCAUUGGCAUCAAUUAGCCAGAAAUCUGAUGUUGAACUUGUGAAUCUACCUGAGGCUGGUACAUCUGGAGGUGUCGAGCAAAAUCAAGUUGUCACAAAGUGCUUCCCAGAGGAACGGGUGAGGCUGGAGGCUCAGUGUGGCCAUUGCUCUGUGAUCAUUUUUAUACAAAGUUGUUUUGGAAAAUCCACCAUCAAAGUACAGUUAAAAUCCAAAAUUAUAAGGCCCCAAACACGUCCUGCAUUUUUAUCCAAAACAUUUAUGGGCUGGAUCUCAGUGUCGUUACAGCUAAAUCAUCUUUCCAUGGGGCUCCCUAAACAUGAUUAAAAACACGUUUCCUGUUUCCAAAAGCUGAUAAAAGGCUUCAAAUCGUCCCUUCAGAUACCUCUUUAGGACACCACAGACACUACACACGUUUUCUGCAGCCAAUGGAAAGCCUCUGCUCCUGUCAAGUGUCCUUGAUCACUGGCUGACACUUGAAUUUUGGCCCUUCUGAGGGAGAUCGUUCUAUUACCUGUACUGUGACAUCUGCAAUUUGCGUUUUGUGGUCUGGGAGCAAUUUUGAAAGUUCUUAGGGGCUUCUCUGGGAUGUACGUAUUCCCCAGUUGCAGGAUUAACCUCUGGGUUGAGUGACACAAGGACUCCACAAACCACAGGAGGAAAAGUGAACUGAAGACUGAACAGACGAGCUUAAGGUCACCAUGAUGCCUUCACUUCUCAUUUCAUUUUUGUGAACUUCCAAAGACAGAAAGACAAAAAGGUUGGAUGUAGCAGCUGUUGUUGCCGCCGAGUGGAUGAUGGGGGAAGUGAUACGAACAUUUCUACUUCUAAAUUUUACUUUCUGUGAUUCUUGAUGUAGUGAAUCUUUGAAUGGCAGCAUGAGAACAGAUACUCUGUACAUAUUUCCUAGACUUCCUACAUGUUUUGCACACAGUCACAAACACUCCAUUCUCACUGACACAUGACACAUGUUUGAAGACUGAGCAGGUUUGAGGAUUGUUCAGAAGCUGAUGCUUUGUGUUUAAACAGCAUCUCUAAGGCUUAUGACGUACUUGCUUUUUAACAACUUGGUGUUAGACCUCUAAAUCAGCCCAAAGUGCCAGGUAUAUACUCAGAGACAUGGUUCAGUGUAUCCUGCAUUAAGAGUCUGUGUAUGUGGACUUCAUUAUUAAUUAGUCCUUUUAAAACCCUCUAAUAAUUAUAUAUGAUUUCCAACAGUCUGAUCUGUCUUUAAAUGUCAUGCUUUGUCGAACAACACACACCUAAAAUAAUUCUGUUUACUAUCAUGCACGACAAAGAAAAGCAUCAGGUCCUCAUGUUGCCACCAGACACCAGAAUAUCUUCAUGAGUUAUUUCCGAUCCUGCCGAACAGGGCGACGCUCCAUGAGGUUACUACAGCAGAAAAAGCAGCUGAGACACAGACUCUGUGAACGAACGCAGGAUACACAGCAUAACCAUCAAACUGUAUGUCAGUGCUCUGAAACAGACUGAGCAAGGAAGGAAGCCUUCAUUCUCCGAGGUAAUCUUUAAUGUCACCUGUGACAGAGCGGACAUUCAGAAACACUGAGUUGAAGCAGAUGUGAUUACUCACAAAGACUUUAACCCUAAAAGGUGAUUCACCUGUGUAUUUCAGUUUGUAUUGACAGUAUUUUGUGGCCUUUUGUAAAAGCAGUUGAUAGUUGUCUCACUCUGGUAGGAAGCCUUUGUAUUAGCAGUCUGACUUUGCUGUGACAUUUUUGUAAAAUGAUCAGCGAUGUGACUUUUGUGAACUCUGCAUGAAAAUAUUUGAAACAGUAUGUUUGCUUUUCACCACCAGAGGGCAGAACAGAGUCAGACACUCAAUAAACCAGGCAGUGCUCGCUUUAAAGGAACACGCCGACAUUAGGGAAACGUUCUCAGUUUCUUUCUUAGAAUGUAGAACGUAGUUAGCCUAGCUUAGCAUAAAGACUGGACAGCCUGGUUCUGACUGAUUAACACGUGAUUAAAUUUGUUCAACUCAUACAAAAACAUGAAAGUGAACUAUAUUAAUUUCAGUUCUGUAACCAGGCAACAGAAAGGACUGAUGAUGAGCUCUGACAGUGAAAAUCAGAAUCUCAGCUAAACAUUAAAAAAAAAAAGAUGUUUGGACCAGAAGGAGAAAUAUUCAUGUUCUUAAUGAUUCUUAGUGAUGAUAUUUUGUGGUUAUGACUUUGUGUUAUGAAGCGCGAGUGUCACUGAUUUAUUUGUAUAUAUUGAGAUUAUAGUGUUUUAUGAUGUUUCAGCUUUUUGUAGAUCCUUAUUAUUAUUAUUAUUAUUAUUACUGUUAUUAUUACAGUGCCUGCCAUGGUAGCUGAUGAAACUCCAACUCUCUUGCUCCGUCUCUGAGUUGAAAAAAGCUUUAUGGACGUGACUGUUAAAACUAUUUUGCAAAAGCAGUUUGAUCUGUUCAAACAAUAAAAGCUGUAAAAAAAAA